AUGGACUCGCAGAACCAAUCGGCGCAAUCCCAACAGCAGGGACGCCCCGCGCCAGUCUACGACACAACCCAAGGCGGUCAUUAUGGUGCUUGUGCUUCGCUAGCUACGCAAGGAUUCGCGCCCGCUGAAUUGUACACGGGUCCUUGGGCAAAUGUGCAUCAAGGUCUAACCGGACAGUACAAGGACAUUUUGACAACUUAUUGGCAGCAAACCAUUACUCACCUGGAGAGUGAGACACACGACUACAAGAUUCACCAGCUGCCUCUUGCUCGUAUCAAGAAAGUCAUGAAGGCUGAUCCUGAGGUCAAAAUGAUUUCUGCCGAGGCACCGAUCCUCUUUGCCAAGGGUUGCGAUGUUUUCAUCACGGAGCUGACUAUGCGGGCUUGGAUUCACGCCGAAGAGAACAAGCGUCGCACUCUUCAGCGUUCUGAUAUUGCGUCUGCGCUAGCCAAGUCCGACAUGUUUGAUUUCCUGAUUGACAUCGUGCCGAGAGAGGAAGCUGCUUCUCACGCCAAGAGGGCUGCUGCGCAACCCGCAGCACCCGCUGGAAGCGGCCAGGCACGAAUGCAGGCCAACAUGGCACAGCCCAACUCCCACCCGAUGGCUGGAGCUGAAUACAUGAGUGGGCACGGACUCGCAAGUGAGCAGGAUUACCGUCAGAAUCCUAGCCUUUAUGCCGGCCAAGUUCCCGCGGCACCCUCUGCUGCGUAUGGUCAAGCACAGGCCACGGGAACAAUGUACGGCGAAAUGGACAACAUGUACCCGUAUCAGGGCAUGCAGGCCCAGCAGGCACAGAUGACAUCGGAAGAGUUUGAGUGA